UAUCUAAUUUUUAUUUGUUGCACAGCGUUGAGUUUCCUUGAAUGAGGAUGACUCACGAUACAGACUGCGGCAGUAUGCAUUUGCAAACAACCCAAUUAAAGUUAAAACUCAGAACGUAAUUAUGCAUGCGAUAGUGAAACGUCUGAAUUUUAAGCAACACCAAUAAAAAAACAAGCAGUCAGUUUGAAAAUGUGUCGGGCCGUGACAGUCUCCUGUGCCUUUGUGCUUCUUAUUUACAUUACGUUAUUAUCAGGUUACAGCGAAGCUAGCCAUGAAAAUGGAAAUAAAAAUACUCGUGGCAAUAACGUGAAAGGAACAGACUUGAACAGUGUAGACAAUAAUCAUGGAGUUAAUAACGCAGCUAGCAUAAGCAACGGUAAAGGAACAGGUAAUCUAAAUGUGAUAAAUAACAUAAAUGGGAUGGGAAGUGAUUACGGAACGGGAGACGUUAACAGUGUGGAUAAUAAUCAUGGAAUGAGCAAUGAGAAUAGCAAAAGUAAUAAUAAAGGAAAAGGUAACAAGAAUGUAAUGAACAAUAUGUAUUGGAUGGCAAACAAUUAUGGAAUAAAAAACAGCAACAAGAGUAACAUAAAUAUUAUAGGAAACACGAACGGGAUGGGCUAUGUGAAUUGGAUCGGACACAAUAAUAACUCGAGUAUUAAGAAAAGUAAUAGCAACGCCAAUAUCGUAAGCAACCGUGAUAAGACGAAUAAAACUAAACGCAAUGUUCGCUGUGCUGAAUGCUGUUCACAUGGUGGUAGUAACCAUAAUCACAAAAAUGAAGAUAGCAAGAAGAAGACGAAGGACAGCCGUCUAAAUGGUCAUUCUCAUAAAAAUCGCGGUAAUAACGAGUCUCUCCACGACAAUGCCAUGAAAGGUCACAGUCAGCACAAAAAAAGAGAUGAAGAUCAAAUUCAAAGAGAUAACAUCAAUGAAGAUGAGAGGCAAGAAAGUAACAGCACUGGUAUUGGAAAGCAAACAGAUAAUGCUACAGAUGCCAACAUUCAGUGAAGUUAAAGAUAUGGCCACAAAAUAAUAAAAUAAACACACAACAUAACAAUAGUCUGUAGAACAUCAUGGUAGCAGUGACAACACUUUACGAUCUAAUAAUAGUGAAAUUCCUCACCAUGAUCAAAGGAAUGAAAGUACUAAUGUGAAAGAUGUUCGCGUUGUUUCCAAUAGUACUGCCGCUACUAAAAUAAAAUAACCUAUUCGCCUCUAAGAUCAGAAAAAUAAUGUCGUGUCCGAAAUUAUAAGAUUUCUCCAGACACGAUACCAGUGGAAAAUCAAUUUAAAUUAUACCUUAAG